GAUGUUGGAUGACUUUUUAUGUUUGUAACCCGCAAAGUAAAUACAAAUUUAUAAUUGACAAAUUUUCCUUAAAGGUAAACUACGGAGUCCAUUAAACAGUAACAUAAAUAAAUUUGGUCGGUUUCGAGGGAGCCUAGGUUGAUCUCCGUGAUAAACGGAUACGUUUAUCUUGGUAGCAAAAUUUUAAAUAUUUUUACAUUUUGAAAAUAAAAAAUAAAAAUAAAAAAUCACCAUCAUCUUCCUCCUCACUCCACCGUGACCCAUCUCCAUGAUUAAUCCAUGGUUUCCUUUCCUCCUUCCUUCACAUUCCCGACCCUGCAAGCACCUUCAUCUUCUUCCUCCUUCUCUGAUCCCCAAACACCUUAAUCUUCUGAUUUCUUCUUCUAGAUGCUUCAAUGGUGAAUACGAAACCUCAACACCAUAUUCGGCGACUUCGUCGCCAAAUCCAACGAAAACCCUGUGUAAAUAUGUAGAAAUUAAGGGAAUGGUUAACCCCUAAGGGGAAAGUGUUUUCGUUUGCUUAUUUGAUAUCCCCCUUCUAUUGGUAUUCACCAUUGAUGGAGCUCGUCAGCUUCUUCGAUUUCAUCAGAUUUGCAUUCUCCCAUUAAAGCUGCUUGGAGGAUCUCCUCUUUCAAAUGGCAAAAAUACCCCUCAUUUUAACUGCGAAAUGACCACAAUACCCUGUGAUAAACUUCACAUGUUUAUCACCGAGAUUAACUUGUAUAAGACGGGUGUUCUUGGCUUCUUCAUUCUUCCUCUACUCUCUAACAGGAAAAUCGAAGAGACUUCUGGACUCGUAAUUUCGUAAAUCCUAAAACUGCGAACUUGGAUUUAUUAAAGCUCUAAGCUUCCAAUUUCAUAACAACAAAGAAAUUAAAUUGGGAAAGAAAAUGGAGCAAGAAAAAGCAUUAGAACUGGUAAAGCAAGGCUCAACCCUUCUCUUUCUCGAUGUUCCUCAGUACACUCUCAUUGGCAUUGAUACCCAGGUUUUCUCCGCUGGCCCUGAAUUCAAGGGUAUUAAGAUGAUUCCUCCUGGAGUUCAUUUUAUAUUUUACAGCUCGUCUACCAAAGAUGGAAAGGAGUUUUCACCCAUCAUUGGCUUUUUUAUUGAGACUUCCCCAUCUGAGGUUGUUGUUCGUAAAUGGAACCUGGAAGAAGAAAGACUGGUGAAAGUUCCAGAUGAAGAGGAAGAGAGAUAUGCUCAGGCUGUGAAACAGUUUGAAUUUGAUAGGCACCUUGGCCCUUACUCAUUGAGUGAUUAUGGAGAUUGGAAACGUUUGUCAAAUUACAUUACUAAGGAUGUCAUUGAGCGUAUUGAACCAAUAGGAGGGGAAAUUACAGUGGCAUGUGAAUCAAGCCUAGUUGGCAACAUUCCCAAAACCACCAUGGAGAUAGCUUUGGCUGAACAAUUAAAGAAUAGUAAAUUCAAUAGAGAAGCUGAAACUUCAGAUAAGAAAGGAUGCUACUAUACACCUGUUCCUCGCGUAAUCAAGCAGAGAGGAAUUUCUGUAGCAGAACUUACCUCUGUGAAUCUAGACAAGACUUAUAUUCUGGAAAGCAUUCUUAUGAAAGAGUUUGAGGGUGAUGAAGACAGACUUCUUGGUGAGCUGCAAUUUGCAUUUAUUGCGUUUCUGAUGGGGCAAUCACUCGAUGGAUUUUUACAGUGGAAAUCUUUGGUCAGUCUUCUGUUUGGAUGCACCCAAGCUCCAUUUCAUACUAGGAGCCAGCUUUUCAUAAAGUUCAUCAAGUGUGUAUAUUAUCAACUAAAAUAUGGAUUUCAAAGGGGUCAUGCAAAAGAUAGCACAAUAGAGAAGGAAUCGUCAUUAUUGCUUGAUGAUUCAUGGCUUACUUCUGAUAGUUUUCUGCAUCACCUUUGCAAGGAAUUUUUUUUGCUGGUUGAUGAGGCCUCAGUUGUUGAUGGCGAUCUUUUAACAUGGACCAGAAAACUCAGAGAAUUGCUCGAGAACACACUGGGUUGGGAAUUCCAUCGGAAAAGUGCAGUGGACGGAUUAUAUUUUGAAGAAGAUGACGAGUAUGCUCCAGUGGUUGAGAUGCUGGAUGAAUCCAGCUAGAUGAAGCAGGUUGAACAUACUUGACGCUGGAAAGGAAGAUAAGAAAUACGAGGUGGAUAGUGUUUUACAGAGCAAGAAUGUAACACAAAUUUGGUUAGAUAAUAAUAAUCGUGUUUUGCAGAUAGGUGAUUGUACAUAUCUCUCAACUAGACAAAUACAAUAAUUUUCGAAACAUCAGUUCAUUUUUUGCUUA